AUGGUCAAAGAUUCGACAAAGGAAAUGCACGCACCUGACACUGGGCAUAGACUUGGAAAAUGUGGACAUUGUGAGAUGCGGACCAAGAUCCACACCACAACCGAGGCUGUGGAAAUCGGUGAGCAUCCCAGCGUGAAAAGAGUAGAAUACGCAGAACUGGCAGGCGUGUGGAGAGCUGUUUCAGAUGAGCCGAAAUGGCACGAGGCGGUGUGCAGUAAUCGGCAAAAAAGUCUGGGUCUAAAAGUUGCUGAAAAUCCAUCGACAGCCCACGACCGGUUUCGCCCUUCUUGGAGCUCAACAGCGGUUCAACGAAGUGAACACCAACUCAGGGUGGACGUGUUCACAUGCCGAGAGAUGAGCAUUCCAAUGAAAUCUGAGUACCCCGAUUGA